UUCGCAGGUAUCGUCGAUAUGCAAGGAGGGAUGCUCAUCGACAAGAAUGUACGCGAAGCUUGCGAGAAGACAAGGGAACUGAAUAUUCCCGAUGAAAAGACUAUGCCGGUGCUUCGGAAGCUACUGAAAAAGUCUGGCGAUUGGGAAAUCAUCAAAUUGGAUAACUACAGUGCAUUGAUCGACGCUAUUUACUCUGCUGAAGAAGGGAAGCAGCAAAGUGAAGGUUCAUCUAAUGGCAGCACAGGGAAGCAUGUUGUAGUCAUUGACUCUCCCGACACUCCUUCUACUCUCAAAACAAACGAGAAGCGAAGCGAAGGUUCAUCUAAUGGCAGCAGAGGGAAGCAUGUUGCACUCACUACUACUCCUUCUACUCUCAAAACAAACGAGAAGCGAAGUGAGAGUUCAUCUAAUGGCAGCAGAGGGAAGAAUGUUGCAGCCACUGAAUCUUCUGCUACUCUGAGAACAAACGAGAAGCAACGUGAAGGUUCAUCUAAUGGCAGCAGAGGGAAGAAUGUUGCAGUCACUGAAUCUCCUGCUACUCUGAAAAAAAAAUAUGAAACCCGUUCUGGAACCUCAGGCUCGCCUGUUCGGGUAGUCCAGAAGCAGGCACAGCCUAGCAAUGGCGGGCGCAAGAGGAAAUAUAAUAACAGCGUCUCUGACAUUACUAAAGGUUCAGAGAGCGUUGAGAUAUCUCUGGUUGAUGAUGUCGGGACUGAGGAAGUGCCGAAGUUCACUUACAUCCCUCACAACAUUGUGUACCAAAGCGCGUAUCUGCAUGUGUCUCUGGCUCGGAUUUCCGAUGAAGACUGUUGCGCGAACUGCAAGGGGGACUGUCUUUCAGCCGACUUUCCAUGUGCCUGUGCUCGUGAAACCGGUGGAGAAUUUGCUUAUACCAAUGAAGGGUUGCUAAAGGAGAAGUUUCUGGACACUUGCCUUAAGAUGAAAAAGGCACCAGAGACGUUCCAUAAAUUUUACUGCCAAGACUGCCCUUUAGAGAGAGAUAACGAUAGCGGCACGCAUGGAAAAUGUGAUGGACACUUGAUCAGGAAGUUCAUUAAGGAAUGCUGGAGAAAGUGUGGAUGUGAUAUGCUGUGUGGAAAUCGAGUAGUACAGAGAGGAAUAAAGUGCCAACUGCAGGUUUACUUUACCCAAGAAAAGAAAGGAUGGGGUAUUAGAACACUGCAAGACUUGCCAAAAGGAACCUUUGUCUUUGAAUAUAUUGGUGAAAUAUUGACCAACACGGAGUUAUAUGAGCGGAAUAUGAGAUCCAGUAGUGAGCGGCAUACAUACCCUGUAACUCUAGAUGCGGACUGGGGUUCUGAAAAGGAUCUAAAAGAUGAAGAAGCUCUCUGCCUGGAUGCCACAAUCUGUGGUAAUGUCGCAAGAUUUGUCAAUCACAGAUGUGAGGAUGCAAACUUGAUCGAUAUUCCGGUAGAGAUAGAGACUCCUGACAGACAUUAUUAUCAUAUUGCCUUUUUCACCAUACGAGACGUGAAGGCCAUGGAUGAAUUGACAUGGGAUUACAUGAUAGACUUCAAUGAUGAAAAUCAUCCCGUGAAGGCAUUUAGAUGUUGCUGCGGAAGCGAAUUGUGCAGAGACAAGAAGCCAAUAGGAUCUCAAGGCAAGUCUGGAGAAAGAAGAAAGGUUGUUCCUGCUAAAAAACAAGCAGGUGAGAAAAAAUGUCAAGGAUAA